AGUGACUUUUUUUGGCCACUAUGUAUUGGCCACGCGGUCCCAGCGUGACUGUCAUGCGUGACAAUCACUAAGUAGGCUGUCACGGUAGCUACCGCCAAAAACAAGCCGUACAAGCUCGAGCAAGGGCUCUAAAGUGGCAGGUCCAUAUGGCGGUUAACGGAAAAUACACUGCGAUAAACGAAGCUCGAGAACAUCUUAUAAGAGCUAGUGAGACAGAGGGAAGCCCCUUAAUCAGAAUACGAAAUCCUGCGCUAAGAAAACGCUCGUCAAAAAGGCCAGAGUAUGUUCGAAUGCGAACCUUCGGCUCGAGUGCCGAUAAGUGUGGGCCUCACCAAGCGGCGAGAGAAGGGAUGCUUGACGUGCUCAAGGAUUUCAGUGAUAGUCUUGAUAGCCUUGUUGAUAAAGAUGUAGAAGGGUUUGAGCCUAUUCACCACGCUGUCAUGGCCGACCAGGCAGAAGCUGUGGAGUUAUUGUUGAAUGCUGGUGUUUGUGUUGGUUCCCCUGGCGGAGAAGACGAACUCAGCCCCUUACAUAUCGCAGUCAGAUACAACAGUCUGAAAGCUGCUAAGGCCCUGAUGCAUCAUGGGGCUGACCCUUCAGUCCAAUGCAACAACGGGACCACCCCACUUCAUCUAGUUGCUCGUCAUGGUUCCCAGUCCCUCGCGGAGCUACUGCUUAGCGACCCUAGGGCUAGUGUAAAUACAGUCUGCCAUGGCGGACUGAGCCCGUUCCAUCUGGCUUGUGUCAGCGGCAACGCGCAAAUGUGUGAGCUAUUUUUAGCCCAUGAGGCUGACAUCUGGCUCAAGUCUGCAGAAGGGAGGAGCCCACUGCAUCUCGCUGCGGCCAGCGGUCACCAUCAGGUGGUCGACAUGAUUAUGAAAUACGCAAUACCGCAGACCAAAAGGCUCGGGGAGCUGAUCAACUCACAAGACUCAGAGGAGAUCACUCCACUGCAUGUCGCUUGUCUAGCGGGUCACGUGACCACAGUCGAGGUGUGCUUGAAGCAUGGUGCCGAGCUUGACGCGAGGCACGCCUGGGGUUUGAAUACUGCCUUGCACGUGGCUUCAAUAGCAGGUCACGUGGAAGUGGCCAAGCUUCUUGUGUCACGUGGUGCUGACGUCACUUUGCGGAAUGCUGCGCAGAGGGUUCCACUUCACUUGGCGGCGCACUUGGGGCAUUGUGACGUCAUCAAGUUCCUUCUUGAGAAUGGAUCUCCCAUCGAUCCCCGCGAUGAGACAAGCUCGACCCCACUCCUCCUUGCCACACGGAGCGGUAGGACCGAGGCUGCGAGCUUACUUCUGGAGUCUGGGGCUGACGUUGGAAUUCGAACCGAAGCCCUCAAGAGCUGUUUGCAUGUUGCGGUUCAGAACAAGCAUCUGGACACAGCGCGCAUGCUAUGUGACAAGUGUGACGCUGACCUUAUCAACGCAGGCGAUAGAGACCUUCGCGUUCCGUUGCAUCACGCCGCCUCAAACGCACAACUAGAGAUGAUCAAGCUUCUUCUUGCGCACGGUGCUCAUCUUGGUCCCAGAGACGUGUUCGGCCGCACUCCACUGCAUAUGGCCGCGGAGCAUGGUAACGAAUCAUGCUUUUCAACUCUCAUCAAUGAUGCGCCCGCAGACAUCAAUGUUGCAGAUGACAGCGGUUCUACACCCCUUCAUUUGGCGGCAGCUAAAGGUCAUCGGAAACUCUGCAAGUUCUUAGUCGGAGCCGGAGCAGAUGUUAGCACUAAAGACAGCAGCCGCUGGACACCUCUCCACCAUGCCGCAGGCGCAGGUCACGUGAGAACUGUUGAGACUUUAAUGCGCGCAACCAAUAUCGGUUUCAGUUACUCCCUGGAAGCGGAGGACUGGCGCGGGAAUACGCCACUUAUGACCGCAGCGGGGAGGGGACGGGAUCGUGUGGUACAAGUCCUGAUUCAGCACAAGGCUGACGUCACUGCACGAAACGCGAAAGGCAUGACGGCCCUGGACAUCGCCAUAGAGAAUGCUAAUGCAACUGUUGUCAUGGAGAUCCUCAAGAGUGAAAGCUGGUUCGAUAUUUUGAGGCCACGCCCUUCCGAUGACGUAAUCCCAAUGCAGAAAAUAAUUGAGACGAUGCCAGAAGUAGCCGAACACGUGAUGGACCGCUGUAUCACGUGUUCGUCUUUGCCACGCCAUCACCAUGACUACGCUGUGAAGUUUGACUUACGGUUACUGGACACCUCUCUUGAAGAGGAACAAGAUAUCAACAAUAAGGGAAGUCCUCCGCGAUUUUUUGCCCCAUCUGUCAUGGUGGCCGCAAACUCCGAAAAACUGCUGACUCACGACCUAACCCAAGCCCUCAUACGUCUCAAGUUGAACAGCCUUGGAAGGCCUCUAUACUGGUUUAACUUCUCGACCUUCGCAGUGUAUCUCAUCAUGUUCACUCUGUUCGUGAUUAACACGAGAACAGGACAGUCGCUUUUUCCCCCUGGCAGUAACAAGACAGAUGAGGAAGACGCCAAAUUGUUCGACCGUCCUCGUCAAAAUAACUACAAUCUGGUGUUCCCGUAUAUCGUUCUCUUGUUCGUCUCGCUGCAUGUGAUUAAGGAAAUAUACCAGAUGUAUUUGCUGCGUUGGUCAUAUUUCACGUCUGUUACGAACUACCUCGAAUGGGCUGGGUACCUGACGUCAUAUAUGUUUAUAUUUCCCUUCGUUUACGGAGGAAAUGUAUACAAAGGGACUGGUUUCUUGUGGCCGUUAGGAUCGACAGCGAUGCUGCUAUGUUUCACGAAUGCUAUCUUAUUCCUCCGCCGUGUCCAUGUAUUCGGCCUGUACAUCAGCAUGUACAUAGAGGUACUCAAGUCCCUUAUCAAAGUCCUAAUGGUCUUCAUUUUGUUCAUCCUCGCCUUCGCGCUCGCGUUUUACUGUCUUCUAAAAGAACAGGAUGCCUUCAAGUCGUUCAAGUGGUCGUUUCUUAAGACGUUCAUGAUGAUGGUUAACGGGAUGGACUAUCAGACGACUAUCGUGGACUCCCUUGGAGAGCACAAUCCUGUGUCCGGCGCUCCACUCGUGCCGGUUCCGAGUUUUACAGUGUUCAUCAUGGUGCUAUUUGUAAUACUUAUUGUUAUUCUUCUGGUUAAUUUACUGAUUGGUCUUGCAGUCGGAGAUAUAGAUGCGAUUCGUCAAACCGCGAACUUACGUCAGCUAGCGAUGGAAGUCGAAUAUGUGGCGAACCUUGACGAACGCUUACCGAAGAGAUUCUUGAAAGCACUGCAGAAACCAACGCUAGAAAUUCGACCUAACCAAAAAUACGACUGGAUCACUGCAAUACGAGCUUAUGGUAUCGAAUUAAAGUCCCCACCAGAGCCUUCGCCACACAUGUCAGCGGGGGACCCCUUGAAAGAUGACGCCACUAUGGUACUUAAACAGCAGCGCAUGCGUAUCAAAGAGCUGCAGUCUACGAUUAAUCAACAAACAGUUCUGCUCAAUUCAAUUUGCGAUCAGCUUCAGAAACUAACAGGCGUUCCUAACAUGCCAUUGCAUCGUAAAGUACUUGACUCCAGCGGAAGUGUAGAGUCUGAUGAAAAUAGUGGUGAGACAGUUUUCCCGCCAAACGAAAAAGGGUCAACUACAUAACCAUUCCGAGGAGUUUUCGAGAUAGUUUUCACCGUUUCUCGGAAAAGGUUUCGAAACCUUUUUCAAGAUAAUUGUAGGCAACGUGAUUUUUUUUUAUUGUGUGAUAAACUUGUUAACAAUAA